AUUAUAUCUUCAAACUUGGCAUCCUACUACAGUCUGACUCUUUACUUGUUUGUAUCUUUAUUUCCCAAGACACAUGGCUGAUGGCUCGCUCUUUAUUUCCCCCUCGGCCCUCUCCCUUUAUAUAUUCUGCGAUUGCGAGUUGACGAAUUGGUUACCCAUAAAAUAAAAAAUUCUGUACAAAAAAUUGAACCGAUAAAAAAGAGAAAAGUGGGUUAUAUAUGGAGAAUCAGGCGCAAAAACAAGGUUGUUCAUCGACAACUUCCGCAACCUGUAAGACGGCGGAGUUAGACGCUCCUCUCCACACUAUUGGUUUCGAAUUUGACGACUUAUCACCUUCCUCUGUAUCCGGCCAUCUCUUCGUCACCCCUAAAUGCUGCCAGCCGUUUAAGGUGUUGCACGGCGGAGUAUCGGCGUUGAUAUCGGAGGCGCUAGCGAGUAUAGGAGCGUAUUUGGCUUGUGGGAUGAAAAGAGUAGCGGGUAUUCAUUUGAGUAUUGAUCAUAUGAAGAGUGUUCAACUUGGUGAUCUUGUUCUUGCUCAGGCUACGCCCCUCAGUUCUGGUCGCACCAUUCAGGUGUGGGAGGUAAGGUUAUGGAAAGGCGAUGCGAGCAGCAUGAAGAACGAGUAUCUGAUAUCGUCAGCUAGGGUUACACUUGUUUGCAACCUCCCUGUUCCCAACCACUUAAAAGAUGCGUCUCAACCAUUUCGGAAAUAUGCCAAAUUAUAAGUUUUCACACUGCCAAGAGUUGUAUUAAAGAGUGCUGAAAUUUUGCAAUUUCUAAUGCAUUGCUCUAUCAUAGUCGUGUAAAGGGGGAAGGGAUCGAGCAAUACCUUCUGUAAAAGAGGUGUAGUUGAAUUAAUAGCAGGUGUGCACACAUCUUACAUUGCUAAUUGGUACAAGAUCAAGCAAUCUUUUAGUGUCAAAGUCGGGUUUAGACUUUAGAUUGUUUCUUUUGUUUAUAUUUUUCCCUUUUCUUUUUUCUGUGAGAAAAAUUCGUGCGUGUAUAUUUCUGAUUUUAUAUAAUACAUUACCUAGAUGUUUGGAUGAAAACUCAAGCACCCUUCUGGUGAUGUUUUUAUUUUAUUUUAUAUUAAUAUAUAACUAGUUUUUGAA